AUGAAACUCACCAGCAUUGUUCUCGCUCUCGCAGCGUCUGCUUUGGCCAUCGAGCCCCAGCCCCAGCGACGUGACACCGCAACAGCAGCAGCAGCAACGACAAACCCAACAGAUACCAGCGGCUUCAACUUUGGAGAAAUCUCCAGCGCACUUGCAAACCUCCCCAUGAACACAACAGCAACCGCCAACUUCGGCAACAUCUCCCCACCCCCACGAUCCCUCAUCCCCGAAAUCCUCUCCGUCGUCCCCGUAACAGUCCUCUGGGAAUUAAUCAACCCGCAAUCCCGCAGUUCACUGGCAAGCGCAUUCAGCGCCGGUAGCACCCCGGCUUGGUAUAGCAGUCUCCCCGCGGACGUGAAGAGUUACAUGUCUGUUGUGAAGUCGCAGAUUUCGGGGGGUGCGUUGACUGCUACGACGGGUUUGGCUUAUGAGAGUACUACUACUAAGACUGGUAGCAGUGCUACUGGUACUGGGACUGGUACGGGAGGGAGUACUGGGGGUAGUGCUGGAGCGACAUCAACGUCGAAGGGGUUGGCAGUGGCGGCGCAGCCUACGGGGUUGACUGCGUCGGUUAUUGGGGCUUUGGGGGUACUUGGAUUGGCAUUGGUGUUGUAA